GGGAAAGACAGCAUCUUGUACGGACAUAGGAAAACAUUACUGAGUAUAGAAAAAUCGCUUGACCCAAUGAUACCGAGACGUAUAGUAGUAUGUCUCCUGGUGUCCGUGGGGUUGGGGACAGUGUCCACUACCUCACAGUAUGGUGUAAUCAAGGCCAGAUUUACUCGGAAUAAUGAGCUGUCCUUCCCGGGAAAGGUUUUUGAGAACCAUGUUAUCAAGGAGUUUAGUACCAAGUACCAGGUUACCCACUGCGCCAUGGAGUGUUUCCUCAACAUCAGGUGCCAGUCCUUCAACUUUGACGCCAGUAUCCGGUCGUGUCAGCUGAACGACGCGUCACAAAUCGAGUACCCCCAAGACUUGAAGGUCACAGACACGCCGACAGCUGAGUAUCACCUCCGAAACGCUUUCUCUUUGGACUCCAAAGCCGUGGGUCCUUGUGGAAAUUUCCCAUGUCAGAAUGGUGGCCGCUGUCUGGACACUCAAACCAUCAACGGGGAUCGGACGUAUUUGUGCCUCUGCGCCGACGGGUGGACAGGAACCAACUGUGACGUUAAAGCUCACACUAUAGAAUGGUCGGACUGGUCGGACUGGGGCGCGUGCUCAGCUACUUGUGGAAACAGCCGACGACAUCGGAUACGUCAGUGUAUGGACAAAGAAACUGACACGUCCGUCGACGCCAGACACUGUUUUGGACCUGAAGAAGACUAUGACUUUUGUCCAUUUAAGAAAUGUCCAAUCUGGGACAACUGGGGAGAAUGGAGUGUGUGUACUACCAACCACACGUGUGGACGUGGCACCAAACAAAGGUCAAGGACGUGUUUAUACAAUGGCGUACCAGGAGUGGAUCGGUACUGUAAAGGGGACACAAUCCAGUAUGGUACCUGUGAAGGUAUCAAGUGCCAAAGCGCCGUGCGGCUUGUCAACGGCCCCGAGUUCGGUGAGGGACGUGUUGAAAUGUGGAACUCAAAGACACGGAUGUUCUACCCAAUCUGUGAAGAUAACUGGAACAUGACAUCAGCAGAAAUUGUGUGCAGACAGAACGGAUUCCUAGGAGCGUUCGACGUGGUGAAGAAUUCUUCGUAUGAAGAGGUUGACGAUUCUGCUGACUUUGUGACGACAUCUUGCCAGGGAGAUGAACGAUUUAUCCAGGAAUGUCCACGACAGAAGUCUGACGCGUGUCCGGGAUCGGCUGGAGUCAAGUGUAGAGUGAAGGGAGCAUGGGCUCUUUGGGUGGAAUGGAGUGCAUGCUCAGUCACUUGUGAAGACGGGAGAAGAACGAGAACUCGGACAUGUGACUACCCACCAGCCAAUCACGGAGGAGAACCUUGCCCGGGAGAGGAUAUUCAAUACAAACCCUGUACCGAGAUCAUGUGUCCAGUGGAUGGCUAUUGGUUGACAUGGUCUGAUUGGUCGAUAUGCUCUGUGACGUGUGAAAAUGGAACACAGUACCGGACAAGGGUGUGCAACGAACCUCUUCACAACGGAAAAGCAUGUGAAGGACCGAAACAGGAGAACAGAGAUUGCUACCCCCGAGAAUGUCCAGUGGAUGGGCAAUACGAGCCUUGGAACGAAUGGAGCACGUGUACCACUACGUGUGGCUACGGCAUGAGGUUCAGAAACCGCACGUGUAACGAACCUCUUCAUGGCGGCGCUGGAUGCCCUGGUGUGCCAUCACAGAGCGAAGUCUGUAACGCCUUCUCAUGCCCAGUGGACGGUUCUUGGAAACAAUGGAGCACGUGGUCGGACUGUUCUGUAACAUGUGGCGCCGGAACUUCCAACAGGUCACGUGAGUGUGACGAUCCUCUUCAUGGCGGAGCGAAAUGCCCCGGACCGGGCAAUGAUACCAGGGUGUGCAAUGACUUCCCGUGUCCUAUUGAUGGUAUCUUCAACACCUGGGCUGACUGGAGCGAAUGUUCUGUCACGUGUGCCAACGGGACACGUGACCGACACAGAACCUGUUUUGGUCCCUUCCACGACGGCGCAAACUGUACAGGCACAUACUACGAGAAGGAAAUCUGUGUGACCUUGAAUUGUCCAGUGGACGGUGUAUGGGAGGAAUGGUCUGACUGGGACACGUGUAACGUCACAUGUGGAGGCGGCGGACAGAGACGCUACCGGGACUGUGAAGGGCCCUACUUCGAUGGAGCAGAGUGUGGUGGUCCGCCCAUAGAGCAGAGAGACUGUAACAUGCACAACUGUCCUAUCGACGGAGUCUGGGCAUUGUGGUCAAACUGGACGACGUGCAGCGUCACGUGUGGUGGUGGUCUGCAGGAUCGAGAGCGCACGUGUGAAGGGCCCUAUUACGGAGGCGCCAAUUGUACUGGUGAAGAAACACAAGAAAGGAAAUGCAACACUCACUUCUGUCCAGUGGACGGAUUCUGGGAGUUAUGGUCCAACUGGACCUCUUGUAAUGUCAGCUGUGGCGGUGGCAUGACGUGGCGAACACGUGACUGCGCAGAGCCAUUGUACGGCGGUGCGCCUUGUAACGGAACCAACAUGGAGGUCGAAGAUUGUAAUACACACGAAUGUCCCAUUGACGGUAUCUGGGAAAUGUGGUCUAACUGGACCAUGUGUAGCCUCACGUGCAACAACGGAACACAGACGCGCAACCGCACGUGUAAUGGGCCGUUUCACGGAGGCGCUAAGUGUGAAGGGCCAGAGGACGAUAUGAGACUUUGUAACUCCUUCUUCUGUCCAGUGGACGGCGUUUGGGACACCUGGACAAAUUGGACAGAAUGUUCUCACUCGUGUGGGCGUGGCAGCAAGUACCGUCAACGGGAGUGUAUCGGUCCAUUCCACAACGGAUCUGAGUGUGAGGGAUCGGCGGACGAGACCAUGUUCUGUAAUCCUUCCAACUGCCCGGCUGAUGGGGUGUGGUUGCCCUGGGCUACGUGGUCAGCAUGUGACGUCACAUGUGGAUACGGAACUAAAUAUCGAGAUCGUCAGUGUGAUGGCCCCAUAGAUGGUGGACAAAACUGCACGGGAGACUGGCAGGAAUCUGAUAGAUGUUUCCCUACAAACUGCCCAGUGGAUGGCAUCUACACCUCGUGGACAGGGUGGUCCGAUUGUCCAGUUAGCUGUGGCGGAGCUCAACAAACUAGGAAAAGGACCUGCUUUGGUCCUUAUUUUGGGGGACUGGAUUGCCAAGGCGACGAUUCUGAGGUCAUGAAUUGUAACAUAGACCCAUGUCCAGUGGACGGUGACUGGAGUUUGUGGUCGCUGUGGGACACAUGUACACAGACAUGUGGAGGUGGAACCAAAUAUCGCUACCGUAUAUGUACCUUAGGGGCGCACGGUGGGUCUAAUUGUACCGGCUCACCGGAAGAGUAUGCCUCUUGUAACGAACAGAAAUGUCCCAUGGAUGGCCUCUUCAACGAAUGGAUGGAGUGGGGAGCAUGCUCCGAGAGUUGCGGAGACGGUCUGCGAAUGCGUGAACGGACGUGUGACGGCCCGUACAAUGGCGGACUGAACUGUUCUGGAGACUGGACUGAUAUUGGCGACUGUAACUUACGACCAUGCCCUGUCGACGGAAACUUUACGGAAUGGAUGGAGUGGUCAGAGUGUAGCCACACGUGUGGAGGUGGGAAUCGAACCCGAGACCGUGAGUGUGUGGGAACUAUGCACGGCGGUAAUCUAUGUGAAGGCCAGUACAACCAAACCGAAGGGUGUAACUCACACGAAUGUCCUAUCGAUGGCGUGUGGGAAUUGUGGGGCAUGUGGGGCGAGUGCAGCGUCACGUGCGCCAAUGGAACACAAUGGCGUGACAGGGAUUGCAUCGGCCCCUUUUACGGUGGCGCCAACUGUACCGGACCAUCCAACAACAGUCAGGACUGCUUCCCACGACCCUGUCCAGUGGCCGGUGUGUGGGAGAACUGGGGUAGCUGGGGCAUGUGCAAUGUUACGUGCGGAGGCGGGGAACAAAUGCGGUUACGUGACUGUGACGGGCCGUUCUAUGGCGGAGAUGAUUGCCAGGGCACCAAUGAAGAUUUCCAGGCCUGCAACACACACGAGUGUCCGAUCGACUGUAUCUGGCUGGACUGGUCAGACUGGGACGACUGUAGUGUGACCUGUGGUGGAGGUAAUCACUCCCGAUAUCGAGAUGAGUAUGGCCCGUUCUAUGGUGGACCCGACUGUACCGGGCCUGACCAGGAGACCAAAGACUGCAACACCCACUUCUGUCCAGUUGACGGCGUGUUCACGCCCUGGACCGACUGGUACUACUGUAACGUAACGUGUGGGGGAGGUAUCCAGUGGCGUAAUCGCACGUGUGACGGGCCCUACUAUGGCGGGGCCGACUGUCUGGAUGACUACGAGGACUCCAGAGAUUGCAACAUGCACGAAUGUCCAAUCGAUGGCGUCUUUACGGAUUGGUCGGAUUGGUUCUCGUGUAACGUCACAUGUGGGGGUGGAGAACAAUGGCGGAACAGGUCAUGUGACGGUCCGUUCUACGGUGGAGCGGAUUGUGAAGGAAACUACGAGGACAACAGGGAGUGCAACAUGCACGAAUGUCCGAUUGACGGCGUGUUUAUGCCGUGGAUGGAAUGGGGCCAAUGCAAUGUGACGUGUGGCGGGGGCGGCCAGUACCGUCACAGAGAGUGUGAUGGUCCCUACUACGGCGGCGCGAACUGUACCGAGUCCUGGGUGGACUACCAAGACUGUAAUACACAUGAAUGCCCUGUCGACGGUUUCUUUCUGGAAUGGACUGUGUGGGGUCCCUGUUCCACCACAUGUGGAGGAGGCUCCCAAAUACGGACACGGGAGUGCAACGAUCCUCUGUACGGCGGCGCUGAGUGUGAAGGAGACUAUAACCAGACACAGGCCUGUAACGAACACAACUGUCCUAUUAACGGUAUAUGGAAAAGCUGGAGCGACUGGGACGAAUGCAGCGUCACCUGUGGCGGAGGACUGCAGAAUCGGAACCGGACAUGUGACGGCCCCUAUUAUGGCGGGAAACCAUGCGAAGGAGCUGAUAAUGAUGAUCAGAUCUGCUCCACAAACUUAUGUCCGAUUCCGGGAGAAUGGUUGGAAUGGUCCUCUUGGAGCAUGUGUUCUAAAACAUGUGGCGGAGGCGUGAGGGACAGAUCUCGUGUGUGUAACGAGACUUCAUACGGGAAUCUGACAGCACCUUGUCUCAACAGCAAUGUGUCCUCGCAGGCCUGUCACACAUAUGCAUGCAGGCCAUUCGCGAGACAGUGCAGUGACCUCGCCGUUCUGGGGCUAGAGGACUCCACCUAUGUUGAAAUACGCCUGUCGGAGAUUAUAACCGAAGAAGAUGAUUUUGGCUAUGAAGUGUUCUGUGACAUGGAGCUUGAAAACGGCGUCGGAGUCACUAUCCUUGAACAUAGCGAAAUGAAAACGCACUUUGUGAGUGGUCAUGAAGGCGCCGGGUCAUAUCGGAUAAUUCCCAAAUAUGGUAAUGGAAACCCGUACAUGCCGUUCGCAGAAGCAGCCAUGAUGGUUGAUGCGUCGGCUAACUGUUCCCAGUACGUGGAAUGGGAAUGUAAAGGAGCGGUUAUCCACAAUCCAUACAGCACCGCAACAGAUCUGAGUUACACCACCUACUUCGUCAACAGAACUAGCCACAGGACCUACGAUGCUAGCGCCGCCGCCAGCUACUUCCCUGGAGGAGAGCCCGGAAGCAACAUGUGCGCUUGCGGAAUGGACGGUAGUUGCGCCGGAGGUCCAGAUGCAAUGUGUAACUGCGACAUCAAUGACAACGUAAUUAGAAAAGAUUUUGGUAACAUUACGUACAAACCCGAUCUUCCUCUACGGGCAUUCUGUGCUGGUGACACAGGAGAUGAAAGCACAGAAACAGGAAACGCGACGGUAGGGCCUUUGAUAUGUUUUGGAAUAUCUACGUAAAGAGUUUGAGAGAGAGAAAGCAUUACUUUCUCGAUCUGAUCGGACAUAAUCCACUCACCUGAGCCACCAAUCAUACCUGCAUGCUGUAACAAGCGAAAUGGCAAAUUGUUCAAAGUAUUUGAAAAAAUUAGAAAUCUUAAUAUUGUAUCCUUAUUAUUCUAAAUUGGAAAGGAAAAUUAAAAGAUAGGUUUUGAUAUGUGAUAUACAUUGACUUUGAACAAUUUAGUCCAGUUCUUACCUGCUAAUGACCUUGCAUGCGAACUUAAGAUAGCACUUCCUGUUAUGAUACAAACUCUGACGCAUGUUUUCUUUCUUAGAUUAUCUAGAGUUCUCUGCAAUUGUUGAUGUGUGUGUCCGUUUUCUUUUAUUUUCUCUGACGUAUCUAGGCAAAAUCGAUGAAAAUGGAUAUGCUACAGUUGGUCCACUGAUCUGUUGGGGAGCGGAGGCGUAAGGCAACGGUGUAAGAAAUCCACCACGAAAUGUCUCCCCCUACCUAUAUUCCGAACCUUAUACCCUUACAUGAAAUUUCUGCUUUCAGGCUUGUAAUGAGUGUUGCUUGAGUUAAAUGUUUUGUGGUUACGUGUUGCUGACACCUUUCUUGCUGCUACAAAAUUUCUGUCAAAUACUCACAAAAUGAACACGCAUAUAUUCCCUUCCAGAAAACACUAUUUAAUUGCACCGACUGUGAAGUAUUCGUUCCGGUUUAAAUUUUGUCGCCUAUGUCUAAAGAAUAUUCGAUUAAUGUGAUGGAUCGGCGUUUCAGGCGUAUAAAUUCAAACAUUAUGAAAGCGUCCCUCUAAGAUGUUUUUUUUACCAAUUUAGAACUGAAUUAUCUCCAAAUGACGUGCAUAAUUAAGGAUGUACGAAGCGUUUAAUAGAGUUGUGACGAGAUUGCCGUCGACUUCUGAUCAAUAGAUCAAUAUGGCAUUCUUUUCUGGUCACUGUCACCAAUCGGUUUAUUAUGAAUUAGCAUAUAACCUAUGGACAAAAGUUAUCUUGUUCGUUAGACAAAUUGGUCUGGAUUUCCCAGGAUCAUAUAUCGUAUAGAAAUAUCCCACUGGAGAUAUCUUCUCUGAUGAAUUAUAUCUGCCUUAAAAUGUGUUGAAAAUACGGUAUCUGCGAUAAUCUAUUGAUCUAACAUGGAACUUGAGUUAUAUCUAAACAGUAAUUGGGUUUUCGUUGACGCUGCGACGUUCGCUGUGGUUUGAUAGAUGCUAUGUGCUGGUAACGUUACGAAAUAUCUCCCCAGAUUCCGGAUUCAAGUGCAGUAUGAAAAUAGUUACAUUAGAGAUUUAUCGAUAUUUCGUGUGCCUCGGUUGUCAAAAACGUUUAAUUUGAAAUGAGGAAUUUACCGUAGGCGUUAGCUGAUGAGGACUUACCAUACGAAGAGAUAUAGAAUUAUCUCGUAUAAUAUUUAUCGAAAAAUGGUUGUGUUUUAUAUAACAAUGAAAUAACCUUAUCUAUCACAGUUGUUAAGAAGGACUCGAUUGAAACGAAAUAUUUAGGUAUACGGGUUGUUUCAUUUAAACAAAAUUAUUACUCCAAAUGGAAAUAUUACGAGUAUAAAAAUGUUUUUUCUGCUCUCCCUCUUUUUUGUUUUUAAAUAAUUGUUUGCCGAAGAAGAUGAUACUUCAAUCUGCAUUAAGUAAUUUCAAUGAGACCAACAUAAACAUAUGUGAUGUUACGCAAUCUUCUCCAGACAUUAAUCGAGUAUUCUAUUAUAAUAUUAAUACAAGUUAAGAGUUACAUUAACAUGUCCAUCCAAUAAUGAGAUAAGCGACAGUAUUUCUCUUGUUAUUCACGAUCUGGAAAUAAAAAAAAAUCACUGCAA